CGGGGUUUUUCGUUGAAAGAGGUGGUAUUGAAUUGUAUUGAAAACAAUUUUUGGCGGCUGUUGAAGAACUCUGGCUUCUAUCAUAAAAAGCCUUACAGCCAUGAAGUAUGUGUUAGUGUCGGGCGGGGUGAUCAGUGGAAUUGGUAAGGGGGUCAUCGCCAGCAGUCUGGGUAUGAUCCUCAAGUCGGGUGGUAUCAGGGUAACCUCCAUCAAGAUUGACCCCUACAUCAACAUAGACGCCGGAACAUUCUCUCCUUAUGAACAUGGUGAAGUUUUUGUUCUGGAUGAUGGUGGCGAGGUUGACCUUGACCUCGGUAACUACGAGAGAUUCCUUGACAUUACUCUUCACCGUGACAACAACAUCACCACAGGCAAAAUUUACCAGCAUGUUAUAAAUAGAGAGAGGAGGGGAGACUACCUAGGGAAAACUGUGCAAGUUGUCCCACACAUUACUGAUGCUGUCCAGGAGUGGGUAGAACGAGUUGCUAAAAUACCAGUGGACGGGGAUAAUAAAACACCAGAAGUUUGUAUCGUAGAGCUGGGAGGGACUAUAGGAGACAUAGAGGGUAUGCCGUUCAUUGAAGCGUUCCGUCAGUUUUUCCAUUUCCGGGUCAAGCGGGAGGAUUAUUGCUGUGUACAUGUCAGUCUUGUUCCCCAGCCAGGAACUACAGGAGAACAAAAAACCAAGCCAACCCAACAAAGUGUGAGAGAGCUGAGAGGUUUAGGUCUCUCUCCAGAUUUAAUUGUGUGCCGAUGUCAGAGUCCUGUAGCAGAAAGUGUUAAAUCUAAAAUCUCCCUGUUUUGUCAUGUGGAACCUCAACAGGUAUUUUCAAUACAUGAUGUGUCUUCUAUAUACCGAGUCCCCCUACUGCUCACAGAACAGGGUGUGUCUGAGUACCUCAUGAAGCGGCUCCAACUCAAGUACCCCUCCCCACACAAUAACCGCUGGAUGUUACGGUGGAAAGACCUCGCCAAAAGACAUGAUCAACUGUUGAGGGAGGUAACCAUUGCUUUAGUGGGUAAAUACACCCAGUUAGAAGAUGCCUAUGCUUCUGUCAUCAAGGCUCUACAACACAGCGCUCUGUGUGUCAGCCACAGACUUAACCUCAGGUAUAUAGAAGCAGCAGACCUGGAGAUGGACAUGCUGAAACAAAAUCCCUCCAAGUACCACGAAGCCUGGCAUCAACUGGUGUCUGCAGAUGGUAUACUUGUGCCAGGUGGAUUUGGAAUCAGAGGGACAGAGGGGAAAAUACUGGCAGCCAACUGGGCAAGAACAAAAAAUAUACCCUUCUUGGGAGUGUGCCUUGGGUUGCAGUGUGCUGUGAUUGAGUUUGCUCGUAAUGCACUCGGCUGGGAGGGGGCUCAUUCCACAGAACUGGAUCCUGCCACUAAAUACCCUGUGGUAAUUGACAUGCCAGAACACAAUACAGGACAGAUGGGCGGAACCAUGAGACUAGGAAAACGCAAGACUCUCUUCAAUGCCAAGACCUGUAUAACAAAAAAGUUGUAUGGAAAUAAAGAAUAUGUUGAAGAGAGACAUAGACACAGAUAUGAGGUAAACCCUAAGUACAUACAGACCUUUGAAGAUGCUGGGAUGAAGUUUGUUGGUCGCAGUGUGGAUGGAGAGAGAAUGGAAAUUAUGGAAUUAGAUGGUCACCAGUACUUUGUUGGGGUCCAGUAUCACCCUGAGUAUAUUUCCCGCCCCAUGAAGCCCUCUCCCCCAUACCUUGGCCUCCUGCUUGCUGCCACGGGAAAGAUGCAGGCGUACCGAACACGAGGGUACAGACUGUCCCCCCACUUAUCCUACAGUGAGGGAAACGACUCGGAGGACGAGGAAAUAUCAGAAAUUGUCAAGAAUCUCAGUACAGAGGAUGCAUUCGAAGUCUCAGCCAAUCAAACGAGCACCAGUGAACAAUCUUAGUCAUGUGUGUCAAUAGCCAUAUCACGAUAGUUUCCAAGUAAUAAUUUACAUUCCCUUCAUUGUCCUGGCAUUAUUUAUGCUGAUGAGCCUAUAUCAUGUUGUUAUUAGGUUCUAAAAGAGUUUUUUUUAUAAUUUUAUAAUGUAAAUCACCAUAAGACAUGUUUGAAUUAUACUCACUUCAUUGAAGGGUAAAUAGAAUGUGAUUAAAGCAGAAUGCAGCUGUUAUGUGAAAACUUUUAGGCACACUGUUUAUGUGCAAGAAUUUUCAUAUCAAAUCAAAGAGGUGAAAUUAUAAAGUCUGCAUACUAAAUAUAUGAAAGGUCUGAAAAAAUAUAGAUAGAACAACCUGAGCUGCCCCUAAUGGUUUUCUAAAGGCAUUACUGUAUAUUGUCAUAAUUGGUGCACAAAGUGCUAUUUUGUUUUGUUUUGUUCUGUUUUAAUUAGGUGUAGCAUGCUUAAUAUUAUUAGUCUUGGAACACAUUAUUUAGUAUUUAUGUCAUAUACAUGUACAUGCAUACUGACAUAUCACAUUCGACUGGAUCUGUUUUUCUACAGGAAUAAUAUAGGAAAUUGUAGGUUCAGAUGAUUUGGUAUGAACACUGCACACGAGCUUUUGGCAAGUAAUUUGUUGUACAGCGAUUUAUACCGUGAGCAUUAGGUACAAACUUACUGUAAUGUAGGUAUAUGUACAUGUACUAGUUUUGAAAUAAGCUUUUUGAAGUGCAUUUAUUUGGGCAUUAUUUUAAAGAGAUUAAAAACAUUUUUUUUGCACCAUAUAUCAAAAUUCUCAUUUAUAAAUACUUAAUAUUCUCCAGAAAUAAAUUUUACAUACAUGUGGAAUAAAAAAAAUACUGUUUAAAAUGAAAAAAAAAACAUACAGUACAGUUCAUAUUCAAAAUGCAUUUAAAUGUUUACGGGUAGUUAGACCUUUAUGUCAUAUCAGGUUUUGUGCUUCAUCAUAAUACUAUCCAGGAUUCUUCUGUAUUGUCAUAUACAUAUAAAUUUUUUGUUGGAUUUAUAGUGUGAUGUACACCAUUCAUUUAAAUGUUGUCAUAUACUUAAUCUGACCGUCAAUUUCAAUUUCAUAUACCCGAGAAAAUUAUUAUCAAUAAUUUCCUGAAAAGCACCAUUUGGGAAAUCAAAUCACUGGCUUUUAUAUUUUCGUUUGCUUAAAAUUCCAUGCUAAAACUUUGGAAGAAAGUCCAAUUGGUAAGUCAUGAUCAAUCGAUUUGACGUCUGCAAAUCAUUUUGUAUUAUCAAGUUAAAUAAAUUUACAGUAGUCUGCAAAUGCACAUUGUAAUAUUCUUAGGCAUCUCCACAAGAAUUGUUUCCCUAGGCCUCCUACAAAUAUUAUACAUGUAUUCUUAUGUGUUCUUUUGAAGUGUACCUUUGUUUUAUAAUGGUAUUUA